AUGCCUAGCAGCACAAACAACCCCCUAACAACCUCCCUCACCACCACCGAAGCCGACCAAAUCGCCUCUCUGCACCUCAUAGCAGACAGCAUCGCCCAACAACGCCAACUCGCCGCCCGCUCCAUGCUCACCCACCCGGCCAUGCUCUCCUGCCUUACCUUCUCCCUCAUCAUAACCUACUUCUUCACUCGCGCUCUCGGCACCACCACCACCACCACCACCGGAGAAGAUACCUGGCCGUACCUCCUACUCAUCACCUGGCCCGCCUGCAUCAUGUUGUAUCUCCUCGCCGCGGCGCACACAACACACCCAUACCUAGAGAAAGCAGGCCGUACGGGAACCUGGGUGUGGUUAUGGAGGGGAGGGACGAGUACCCCCGUGCAGAAAGAUCACCACAACGCAGAAAAACACGAAGAAGACGAGAAGGAAAGAGGAGAUAUUAUUCUCGUAACGAAAUACCAAGACCGGGUGAUCGGCACGCUCGUCCUGCGGAUCAUACACACUGAGGAAGAACUCUGGGGCCAUGUGCGGGAUGCGGUGCUAGUCGUCGGCGUCAUCCGAGCAUGGACUGUGCAGCAACAUCUUCGGGGAAUCGGGGUGGGGAGGAAUUUAUUGGAGAAUGCGGUUCGGAUUUGUCGGGAACGGGGGGUGAAAGGGCCUGUGUUUUCGGAUUGUCAUGCGAAUGAGGUGCUCGGGUUGCCGGUUGUGUGUAAUGGGGAGUUGGUGAGGAGGGAGAGGUGGGCGAGGGAGGUGUUGGAGAGGGUGAAGAGCGAGAAAAAAAACAAAAUGUCCACCACAACCGCCACAGCCACCACCUCUGCCAGCACAUGCACCUCCACGGGCAACCUGUACGUCCUCCCCGUGCAAGACGCAGCAUGCGCGCUCCCCAACACCAACAACGCGAGCGCCAUCAUGGACAAAUGCUGUUCGCCCGCCAGCCCAACCAAAUACGACAACGACUGCGGAAUCUACUGUCUGGCGCAAGGUCAGGACGUGAAGGAGCUUCUGUCUUGCAUUCAGUCCAACGGGGCGGUCGAGAACCCCUUCUGCUCCGGUAACUUGACUGCGACGGCGACGGCGAGCGUGACGGGCACGAAAGCUACUGGAUCCUCUUCGAAGACGGGGACGAGUACGGGCAGUGCGGCGAGUGAGACGGGGUCGUCGGCGGCUGUGCCGAUGAAGCAGGUUGGGGUUAGCAAGGUUGGAUUGGGGAUGUUGGGGAUGGUUUUGUGUGGGGCUGUUUUGGGGGGUUUUUGA